AGCUCCAUCAGAGUCCCUCCCCCUCAUUGUGUGACCCCCGAGAGGAAGAAGAAGCAGAAGAUCCUGGAACUGGCCAAUAGGAUCAUCGAGCUGGUGACGGGAGAGGUGGGCGGUGGACCUGGCGGGAAAUGCGUCACCUCGGAGGAGUUUCAGACCCGUUCCACGGACACCCCUGGAGAAGACGAACACGUGAACAUACAUGCAGAGGAGGGUCAUGAGAGGACAUGGGAGGAAAGAGGGAACGUCACGGAACGGGAUUCCUUCACCGGAGAACUUCACUCGCAGGCAGGAAGUCUUCUGGGUUUGGACAUUUCUACUUCAGAACCCUACUCCCCUGUCCAUGGCAGUCCUUCCGCCGCAGUCCCUACUCCUUUUACGUGUCAUCACGUGAAGGGGCCACCACACACAAGUGAUGAAGAAGAAGGUCGCAGCACCGAUGUGUCCAUACCGCUCGAUCCGGCCGAGUACACCACGACUAUUGUUAAAGAGGAACCCUACUCAGGAGACGAGGACCUGGACUCCCCCCUCCCUCGGGGACUCUACGCCUCCAGUCAUGUGAAGGAGGAAACAAAUCUCGGUGACUUUGAUGUCCCGGCGGAUAGAAGACAAUCGGAUUACGUGUCCCGCUCGGACUUCCGUGACGGACAUCUAUCGGAGAAUCUCUACGUGCCGCCUCAGGGAGACGCCGCCGGUCAGCUGACCUCCUGGCACAUGGACCCGUCAAGGAUGGAUGGAAACCUGUCCUCGUUUAUGAGUUCUACAAGCGUCCCCGGUGCUCAGGCCGCCGGAGAGAAGUCCUUUGUAUGUUUAGAGUGCGGAAAGUGUUUCUCUUGUGGCCCCCACCUGGUGCGCCACAGGCGGACGCACACCGGGGAGCGGCCCUUUAAAUGUACGGAGUGCGGCAAAUUCUUUUCCAGCAGCUCCAACCUCCUCAUGCACCAGAGGACUCACACAGGAGAAAAACCCUUCGCCUGCCACCAGUGCGGGAAACGCUUUGCCCGCAACCCACAUCUGGUCCGCCACCUCCGGAUUCACACCGGGGAGAAACCCUUCGAGUGUGCCGAGUGUGGGAGGAGGUUCAACCAGGACUCCAACCUUCUCAAACACCAGCGCACGCACUCGGGAGAGCGGCCCUUCAUGUGCUUAGACUGCGGCAAGUUUUUCACCAGCAAUCCCCAUCUCCUCCGACACAGACGCGUCCACACCGGAGAGAAGCCUUUCUCCUGCCCGGAGUGUGGGAAAUGUUUCUCCAACAGCUCCAAUCUCAUCACACACCGCAGGACUCACCUUUCCCUCCGACUGCUGGAGCAGCUUCCCAACCAAAGGAAAGCCCAUCUACAACGGCCAGGACCUGACCAUCCCUUCUAG